AUGCCUGCCUACUCGGAGGUGAAGAGUACGUCUGGUACCCCAGUGUUGGAUCAGCUGAUAGGCUACUACGUCAACAUCCAGUCUCGUAAGAUGUACUACAAGGACUUCCUCCGCAUUGAGCACCAGGCAGUCCGCUGGGCCUUUGCCGACAUUCGCAAGAAUAGUGAGGCUCUGGCGCAUGGUCUGCUGCAGACUGGUGUGCGGCCUGGUGAUCGCGUGCUUGCAAUCCAGCCGUGCAACUGCGAGACCUUCGUGCUGCAGCUCGCGUGCGCCAAGAUUGGCGCGCUACUCUGUAUCGUGCCACAAAACGCCAUCAGCGCCGACAAGCUGCGCUUCUAUCUGAACGAGUUUCAGCCUCGCCACCUCGUGGCCCGUGAGUGGAUCAACGUGCCUGAGAUGAAGCAGGGAGAGCUAGUGGAGCGCAACAUGCAUUUCUGGGACACCAUCUACAACGUCAUCCCGGAGCUGGGCCUCUCCUACCCAGGUCAGAAAUUUCAAUGGGUACACUCGCAGGAGUUUUACUACCUCAAGAAGAUCGUCAUCACGGACCACAACAUGAACUUGCUAGGCGUGACACCAAUGCGGAAGAUGCUGGUGUGGGGCCCCUUCUCGUACUACGAGCAACGCUUGCGCCGUCUGUCGGCGCUGCUGCACCCUGACGAUCCAGUGCUGGCACUGGAGGACCCCAACCCGGCCAUGGAGGACAAGCUGCACAUCACGUAUUCACACCGCAACUGCGUGAAUGCCGGUUUUCUCUUCAGCCAGCUCAUGCAGUUCAAGGCAGAGACGCGCUUCGGUGUGAUGCCGAACCACCAUACGGACCCGAUUGGCGCCAUCAUCGCUCCGUAUGCGGCCCUCACCUCUGGCGCGGUGCUCGUGCACAUCCACUCCGACAUGUUCACGGAUGAUCACGCGAUCAAUGGCAUCGAGAAGCUCUGCGUGGAGGAGGUGGAGACGCUGGUGGGACGAAAGGCGGACUUCGACCUCAUCCUGAAGCACGCCGGCAACUUUGACACAGACCAGUUUGAGCACCUCCGCUCUGUCGUCAUCUUCGAAGACGGCAUCGAGGUCCCCGUCUCGGAGGAGUAUCUCAAGAAGCUAGCCAAGGACCUCAGCCUGGAUGACGUGUACGUGUUCCGCGGUCCCAUCGAGGCAUCCUACAUGCUGACGUGGCGCACACUGAAGAAGGGCUCGCAGGGCAUGGUCCCCCAUGUAGAGGCCAAGGUAGUCGGCGACCGUGGCACCAGCGACGCCAAGGUGCUGGCGGCUGGCACGCGCGGGAACCUGCGCUUGAAGGGUCCGCACGUCACAGCGGGCUACUACAACAAUGCUGGGUUGAUGACGGAGCUUGUCGACGAGCAGGGUUUUGCUAGCACAAGUCGUGAGGCCACUAUUGACGGCACGAGCAACAUCACUCUUAUGUCUGCACAGACGUAUUAA